AUGUUUCCACUACGGAUUUGGCGACACUGGCCUAACUGCUUCCGCGUAUGCGUAAUCAUAGAACCAGACAUCUCUCAACACAACUGUGUUCUUACCACUCUCAUAAUGAACACAACAGCAGAACAGAUACUUGACAUCGAAGAUGCUCUUGUAUCAGACGAUAAUCCAGCACGCGAUGAAUAUACACUCGAUUUCCAACGCUGCGCCAGAUUGCACAACUACCUAGUCGCAUAUGCCUACAUGGCCCGCAAAGAAACAAAGACGCUUGAUCUCGACGCGCUGGCCAGCGAGUCAUGGUUCUUCAACCAGCCAAGCGAAAAUAUUGAGGCUAUCCGCGCUCGGCUUGAUCCAUCAUUAAACUUAUUCCUUGAUUCGAUCUACGACCCAGAGCCAGGAUUCUUCUACUGGGUAAGUGGUCUUGAAAUGAGACUUGCGGACGAGUGUUUUUUCGAAGACAACGACUUCGAGGAUAAAGAGCGAUUUGUGAUCAUUUAUGACACAACCCCUGAUCUAGGCUCUCACUGUGUUGGUGUUGUCUAUGACCAACUGAAUUAUCGUGCCUCAUUCCCAUUGGCCAUUGAGAAUUCAGACAGCAUCGAGCCUAUUGAUGAGCACUGGGAUAUGUGGUUUCCUCUAGAGACCAUUCUUACCCAUUGGAUCCACAUGCUUAGAAUGGGAAAGAUCACAGCCGAUCCACGGAACUAUGGAGAGUUGUCCAGUGAAGAAGAGAACUCGUGUCAUCGGAUUGAUUUAUGGUGUUGGCAUCCAUACUGUGCUGCUCAGAUCGACAGCACGGUUGCUGCGAUGGACCGCUACACGGACGCGAUCGAAUCACGCAUGCAGUCUCUUUUACCGAUAUCCGGGAAUAAGCCACUCUUUACCGAUGCAGAGCUCGAUGCGGCUUUGGUGCCGAGAAAGUGCUUUCUUCGCUCUUUUCUGACCCAAGUGAGGACUCCGCGGUUUAAACUCAUCGCCCCCGGCCUGGAGAUUCCCCACGACAAAGAAGCCUUCGCAGCGCGUCAGAUAUUUGAUGCAGAAGGGCAGGGCAGAGACGUACCAUCGCUGCUACUCUUUGCUUCGACAGAUGAUAGUCGUACGGCUGGAUUCAACGAAGAAAUCCAUCGUUUGUUCUUUGGACCAAAAAAUCAAGUGCCAUUCAACGAAGGUGAUCCUGUUCCCACGGGUUUAUAUAGUGCAGCCAUCAAUCGAUUUGACUACGAUUCUGAAGAGACAGGAUUCCACCUUCUACUCCCAUUCGCACUCCGGCCGAAUCUUGCAGACGAAAAUGGAGCCAGGCGGAGUGAUGGAUCCCUGGUGCCAUCUGGCUCAUGUACGCAGCUUUUCCAACACGGUGUUUUUCAUCCGUUUGGCGGAGAGCACCGAUUGCAGAGAUUGCAGAGUCUGUUCGAUCGAUGGACUGAAUUGAUUGAAAGUGGCGUGUGGACUGUGGGCGAUAACGGCGUUGAGGGAGGAAUUGAUAUGUUCCGAAAUGCAGAUCAUGGUGCUUGGGAGGAUUACUGGAUUCCGCCAUCCUGGUGA